GAACCACCACUACCCAGCCGGAAGUCUCCGCCUCUUUGCAAUUCCCCUUUUUCCACUGUCUGCCAGUUGAUUUAUGAUUAUAUAUCGUCCCCUUUGUCCUCCUUGAUUCCAAUCAAAUCCCUCGAACACUAUCGCCGUCUCCAUCAUCCCCUAAUAAUGGCCGACGAAGCCAAGGCCAAAGGUAACGCAGCUUUCUCUUCCGGUGAUUUCGCCGCUGCCAUCCGUCACUUCUCGGACGCCAUCGCUCUUUCGCCUGAUAACCAUGUCCUCUAUUCCAAUCGAUCCGCUGCUUAUGCCUCCCUUCACAAAUACUCCGAAGCCUUAGCCGACGCUAAGAAGACUGUCGAGCUCAAGCCUGAUUGGUCUAAGGGCUACAGUCGUCUCGGCGCUGCUCAUCUUGGUCUCGGCCAACAUGAUGAGGCUAUUGCUGCUUACAAUAAGGGCCUGGAUAUCGACCCCAAUAAUGAACCUCUUAAAUCCGGCUUGGCUGAUGCCCGGGCGGCGGCGACGGCUACUUCUUCGAGGUCUCGUUCGACGCCAACUUCUAACAAUCCUUUCGGAGAGGCUUUCGCUGGACCCGAGAUGUGGGCAAGGCUUACUGCUGAUCCCACCACUAGAGUCUUUCUUCAGCAACCUGAUUUCGUGAAGAUGAUGCAGGACAUCCAGAAGAAUCCCAACAAUUUGAACUUGUAUUUGAAGGAUCAAAGAAUCAUGCAAGCGCUUGGGGUUUUACUCAAUCUCAAGAUUCGUACCCCAACGGACGACGCUGAUAUGCCAGAGUCCUCGCCUUCUCCUCCGCCACAAGAGAGGAAGAGAGCUGCUGAAGCGGAGCCUGCGAAGGUAGAGAAGCAGCCGGAGCCUGAACCGGAGCCUAUGGAAGUGACGGAAGAAGAGAGGGAAGCAAAGGGAAGGAAGGCGCAGGCUCAGAGAGAAAAGGAGGCUGGUAAUGCGGCUUACAAAAAGAAGGAUUUUGAAACGGCAAUUCAACAUUACUCAAAGGCUUUGGAAUUGGAUGAUGAGGACAUAUCCUUUCUCACAAACCGUGCUGCUGUGUACUUGGAAAUGGGAAAUUUCGAAGAAUGCAUAAAAGAUUGUGACAAGGCUGUUGAGAGGGGAAGAGAACUGAGAUCGGACUUCAAGAUGAUAGCAAGAGCUUUGACAAGGAAGGGAACUGCCUUGGUCAAACUGGCAAAAUGCUCGAAGGAUUAUGAACGUGCCAUUGAGACUUACCAGAAAGCACUGACGGAGCAUCGUAAUCCUGACACAUUGAAGAAACUUAAUGAAGCUGAAAAGGCCAAGAAAGAACUUGAACAGCAGGAAUACUUUGAUCCAAAACUGGCUGAUGAGGAGCGUGAAAAAGGUAAUGAAUUCUUUAAGCAGCAAAAGUACCCUGAGGCUGUAAAGUGUUACACAGAAGCUUUAAGAAGGAACCCUAAGGACGCUAGGACAUACAGUAACAGAGCUGCGUGCUAUACAAAACUUGGUGCGAUGCCUGAGGGUUUGAAGGAUGCAGAGAAAUGCAUUGAGCUUGAUCCAACCUUCUCAAAAGGUUAUUCUAGAAAAGGUGCCGUACAGUUUUUCAUGAAGGAAUAUGAUAAAGCGAUGGAAACAUACCAGGAGGGUUUGAAACAUGAUCCUAACAAUCAAGAGUUGAUUGAUGGCAUAAAACGAUGUGUAGAACAAAUUAAUAAGGCCAGCCGUGGGGAUUUAUCACCUGAGGAAUUGAAAGAGAGACAGGCCAAGGCAAUGCAGGACCCUGAGAUACAGAACAUCCUUCAAGAUCCUGUUAUGAGACAGGUGUUAGUUGAUUUCCAGGAAAAUCCCAAAGCUGCCCAGGAGCAUACAAAGAAUCCGAUGGUGAUGAACAAGAUCCAGAAGCUGGUCAGUGCUGGAAUUGUCCAGAUUCGGUGAUUUGGGUGGAAUAGCAGAGGAGCCAUGGCUGAUUUCACUGUGAGAUUGGAUCAGAAAAGGAAAAGGAAAAUACUGCUGAUAAUUUUCGAGUUAGCUUUCUGUUUUUGCAAUGUUAAGUUUUCUUUCUUUGUUUAUUUUAAAAUGGCCAUAAGCAAUGUUAAGUUAAUUCUCAUGAUUUAAGUAGUUCGGGUGCUUCAAACUCUAAUCUUCUCGUUUGGCCAAAAAAGAGAGACUCAAGUCUUUGUCCAUUCUUAGCCUUGGAACUUUCAUAUUUUUGGUGGGAAUUCUAGCUUGAUUAUGCAAAUUUAAGGAGUUUCCUACUAUCGGGGUGUUUUGAACUUUUGGUUCUCACAUAAAGUCGAUUGCAGAUUA